CAAACGUCCACUCUAUAUUAUUCAUCCUCCAUCUCGACGCCAUCCUGCUACUCUCACCAAAAUCCUCUCGUCGCUCUCUCUCCGUCUCUCCCUCCGCAAUCAUGCUCUCCUUCAUCCUCAUCCAAAACAGACAGGGCAAAACCCGCCUCGCCAAAUGGUACGCCCCCUACAGCGACGACGAAAAGAUCAAGCUCAAGGGCGAAGUCCACCGCCUCGUCGCCCCGCGCGACCAAAAGUACCAGUCCAACUUUGUCGAGUUCCGCAACAACAAAAUCGUCUACCGCCGCUACGCCGGCCUCUUCUUCUGCGCCUGCGUCGACACAAACGACAACGAGCUCGCCUUCCUCGAGGCCAUCCACUUCUUCGUCGAGGUGCUCGACUCCUUCUUCGGCAACGUCUGCGAGCUCGACCUCGUCUUCAACUUUUACAAGGUCUACGCCAUCCUCGACGAGGUCUUUUUGGCGGGCGAGAUUGAGGAGACGAGUAAGCAGGUUGUCUUGACGCGGCUGGAACACUUGGAUAAGCUGGAGUGAUGGGAGCAGAGGAAAAUGGAAGACGCGUUCUUUUUUUCUUUCCUCUUUUUUCACAUCUGCUAUUGUCCGUCUUCUUUUUUCUCCACGGGAACUUUGAGAGAAUAGGGGUGGGCGCAAUUACCGACUUCUUUACGUCUACGUAUGUACAUAUUCAUUUCGCGACUCGGAGUUACCUGGAAGCCCAACGAGGACGUUUUUCUUUUCUAUUUCAAUCUUCUUUUCCAUCGCAGUCUUCCAGCGGAGCGCGUUGAUAAUGCAUGAUCAGAUGCAGAGGACAUCAUAGGCAUAGGUGUUUGGGCGUUUUUGGGAAAUGGCGGAUCGCAAGAUUGAGCGACGAGAAUAUGCGAGAAGCGCGCGCGCGGCGUGGCUACGCCACCGUCUCCUUUAUUCCUGAGCUCUGCGGACACUUUGCUAUAUUUAGUGUAUAUCUGGAUAGUUUAGACGAUUAAUAUAUCAAAAAUAGUC